CUUGUAGGGCGGGCGUGAGGUUCUGGGUUGCGUAUGUCGCGACUACACGUGACACUGCGUGGGUAUAUCCGCUUCUCUGAGUCUGAGUUUACCGACUAGUAUCUCUUGAAGUUGUGAGUCUGCGCACAAUGCCAGCCUUGCUGGCAUGUAAUCAUUACAUCAAGUUCUCAGGCCGAAUCGUGUCAACCUGGACCGACCGCAGCCGCAGUGCCGACUUAUCGUUGAUGUUAAAGUGUUUCAGGUUGUGGGCAACCAGGCUUGGACCUUCCGAGUACUCCCUUCAAAUAGGUCUCGAGCUUUUGGGCAACCAAGAGCCAAGUACACAUUCAUUCAACAAUUACCCUCACUGAUUCAUCCCACAAUUUUCAGAAAUGUUGACAUUCAGCAUCCUCGCCCUUGUUAUCCUAGGAUAUGCUGAUGCAUUACCCUCUAAAGGGCAUCUUCGCACGAGCUGUGACCUAUCCUGUGCAAGACUCCAGGUGCCUGCUAAUCAGACACAGCUCAUUGCGCCUACAUAUGCACCGAGCUUCAUUGGCAUUGGUGUUGGUACUCAAAACUACACUUGUAAUGCCACCGAAUCCACAUACGCACUUGUCGGAGCUGUCGCAGAACUUUUCGAUAGCUCAUGUUUAUACGGUACUCCUACUUUCGAGAGCGCUCCAACCACGGUUUAUGAUGUGUGGUCUGCUACUACUGGUAUAACGAUUCAGGAAGUCAUCACCAUGAUGGGGCUCACGCACGAUUCUACCGUGCUUGGACAACACUAUUAUGUUCUGAACCCUGUGGGUGGGACUUCACAUCAUCUGGGGGUGACAGCUGGAAAUUCAAAUGCCUAUGUCAUUGGUGCUAAAAUUGGCGACCUGCCUAGCUCGAACUCGAGCAACAUUGAUAACUUGAUGGUCAAAGCUGUCGAGGGAGAAUUAGCUGUCGAGGUUUUCAGGGUGGAUACCAACGGAGGUCAGCCGCCCACAAAGUGUGUAGCAGGAGACUCGAACAUUACUGUCAAAUACACUGCUCAAUAUUGGUUCUUCCAAUAAAAACAUUUCAGAACACAACCUUGGAUCAUCCUACCGUCGAUAGAGCCCCGGUCGUACUGCCAUUUAUUUCUAUUUUAUAAAAUAUACCCUUUCGUCGUCUCAAAAAGCCGUCAAAAUGAAACCGCAAGCAAGGUGAACGGAG